CACCAACUUCCUCGACACCUGCGCCUGCGCCAAAUAUAAUGUUUCUAAAAGAAACCUUCUCUGGCAGAUAACCCACCCGAUGCUUUUUCUUCUCUGGUUUCGUUUGUUUAGGAGAACAACAAGGCUGACAUUCAACUAAUGGCUUCUGUUCUUCAGAUUUCGUCGCAUUUCUUAAUAAUCUUCCUUUCUUUUUCUAGUUCCUGUUCUUCUCGCAAGUUAGAUUUAGGGAGCGAAGAGGCAAAAAUUGAUCAUCUCCUCCCUUCAGAGCAUUCAGCAUUCUCCUCUGGAUUUGACCCUUCAAAAUCUAUCCAGUUGUCAUGGAAUCCUAGGGUAUUUUUAUAUGAAGGUUUUAUCUCUGAUGAAGAGUGUGAUCAUCUUUUAUCUCUGGCAAAUGGAAAGCUUCAAAAACCUUUGGCUACUGAGAACAGUACAGGAGUUAGUAGCACUGUUGAUGUUGUUAGCUUAAACAAUGGAUUUGAGCUGGCCAGAGGGCAGGAUGAAAUUAUUUUAAGAAUUGAGGAGAGAAUAUCAGCAUGGACAUUUCUUCCGGAUGAAAACGGAGAGGGCAUGCAAAUUUUCCAUUAUCGGACCAAUGAGGGUUCUGAACCACUGUAUCACGGCAAUCAGGAUAAUUUGGAAAAUGUGAUAGGUGGGCCCCGAAUUGCCACCAUUUUGAUUUUCCUCUCUAACGUUUCUCAGGGUGGUGAGAUAAUCUUUCCGAUGUCUAAGAUAAAAGAUUCAAAUUCUAAAAAUGGGAAAGAGAUGAUGUCUGAGUGCGCUUCAUCAGGUUUUGCAGUGAAACAUGUUAAAAGCAAUGCCCUUCUCAUUUUCAAUCUUCAUCCUAAUGUUACAGUAGAUGUCAGUAGUCUUCAUGGUGGGUGUUCAGUGCUUGAGGGAGAGAAGUGGUCCGCAAUCAAAUGGAUCCAUGUACGAGCCAUCGAUCAUAAGAAGCUUUUUUCUUAUUCUGCAGAGGAAUGUACUGAUGAAGACGACAAUUGCCGACAAUGGGCGGCCAUGGGAGAGUGCCAAAAGAAUUCAGUCUAUAUGUUGGGCACGCCUGACUACUAUGGUUCUUGCAGGAAGAGUUGUGGUGUGUGCUGAUAGUUCUUAAAUUUUAUCUUAAAACAAUUAUUUGGAAGUUGAGGUUCUUUCACUGUUUAGUUUCACACCUUGUAAGGUAUUGUGAUUAAUUAUUGUACAUUAUCUAUGUCGUCAUCAUCAAUAGCACCAGCCUCAAGUAAUUUUAUCGGGUAUCGUCAUGAAGCAAAGAAUUACCAUUUAGUUGCUUUGUUGAUUGAAA